AUGGUGCCAAUAAUUUUAACGAUAUUUUUUGUCAUUGGUUCCUUCUUGUACUGCCAUUUCACAAAAUACAAUAAUUAUUGGAAUGAACGAAAUAUUAUUGGCCCAAAACCGACUUUCUUCUUCGGAAAUUUAAAGGAUACAAUGCUUAGAAGAAAACCAUUUGGCCAUGUAUUAAAGGAUAUCUACGAUAUGUAUCCGAAAGAAAAAGUGGUAGGAAUAUUCGUGAUGAGGUCCCCAGAACUUUUAAUCAGGGAUUUAGAUGUGAUAAAAAAUAUACUAAUAAAAGACUUCGAUACUUUCCCGAACCGUGGCUUUGAGUUCAAAACAACUGGUUUUGGAGCGAAUUUGUUUCAUGGUAAUGGUGAGACCUGGCGACUGUUAAGAAGCCGUUUCUCUCCGCUUUUUACUCCAGGAAAGCUAAAGAAUAUGAUGCACCUUUUAAGUGAGUGCGGGGACAAAUUUGUGGAUUAUGUAGCCCGGAUCACAAAGUCUAAUCCAGAGCAAGAAGCCCACACAAUGACACAAAAGUAUACACUAGCUGCUAUUGCCGCUUGCGCAUUUGGCAUUGAUAUUGACACUUUUAACUAUGAGUACGAAAAACUUCGUAGGAUCGACCGUAAAAUAUUUACCAUACACAUCACUCGUGAGCUGGAGAUGAUGUAUCCUGGCAUUUUAAAGAAAUAUGGAGGCUCGCUUUUUCCAAAAGAAGUUAUCACAUUUUUUAUCGAUUUGGUGAAAGACGUCACUGAAAAAAGAAAUGGUAAACCUACCGAUAGAAACGAUUUCAUGGAUUUAAUUUUAAAAAUGAGAGGAGAUAACGUAAUUUCUGGACCAAUAAAGAAAAACAAUGACAUUGAGACGAGUUUAGAACUAACUGAUGAGGUGAUAGCGGCACAGGCAUUUAGUUUUUACGCUGGGGGUUAUGAAACCAGUGCGUCUACAAUGGGAUUCUUGCUGUACGAGUUAGCUCUAAACCCACAAAUUCAAGACAAGGUGGUGGCCGAAAUAAAAGACGUAGUAAAGAAACAUAACGGCGAACUGACCCUACAAGCUGUUUCAGAUUUAUCUUACAUGGGCCAAGUCUUCGAUGAGACAUUGAGAAAGUAUCCGAUUGUUUCUGAUCUAAGAAGAAAAGCUAACAGCGCCUAUACGAUACCCGGGACUGAUAUAGCAAUAGAGAAAAACCUGUUGAUUAAAAUAUCAGUUCUUGGUAUCCAUUAUGACAAGAAAAUAUACCCUAACCCUGAAAAGUUUGACCCAGAGAGAUUUUCUCCAGAGGUCGCGGCAGCGAGGCAUUCGUGUGCGUAUUUGCCUUUUGGACUUGGACCUAGAAACUGCAUCGGGUACCGUUUCGCACAGCUACAAUCGCGUGUGUGUUUAGCGAAGCUGUUGUCUCAUUUUCGGGUGGAACCGUCGAAGAACACGCCCCGUCAAUUCCAGUACGACCCUCGACGUAUUGUGUUGUACCCCAUUGGCGGUGUAAAGUUAAAUUUCGUUAAAAGACAUUGAUAUAUGUCGACGAC